CCAAGGCCCGCAUUGUUAAGAACCAGCGAAAAAGAAAAUGGCGGCAGCAGUAGGAGUUCCAACCUGUCACCGGCUCCACCUCCUCCUCCACCUCCCACCACCACCACCACCACCAUAUUCUUCCUUCUCCCUUUUCCUCAAACCCCUUGUUACCUCCACCACCACCACCACCAUUGCAUUCACGCAUCUCCACAUCCCACGCCGUACACUUAUCUCCCAUUCCCUUCCUUCCUUCUCGUCUCGCCCUCUCUCCUUCUGCCUCCCUCCCACCGCUCCCCACUCUCCACCUCCCCCAAGGCCUCUUUACAAGAAGAAGCACAAACCCAACAACUCGAAAUUCCAGAAGAUAAUAAUAAUGGUGAAGAAAUUGAGAUCGAAAUAGAGAACUCGGAUAAUAAAGAGGAUGGCCAAGUGAGUUCGGAUCCUACACCUGCUCUGAAGAGAGAUGGGGUGAAGCCGCCGACGCUGACGGUGAAAGAAAAGAAGGAACUUGCUUCUUAUGCUCACAGCUUGGGGAAGAAGCUUAAGUCCCAGUUGGUGGGGAAGUCCGGCUUGACAGCCAGCGUCGCCGCUUCUUUUAUAGAGAACCUUGAAUCCAAUGAGCUUCGCAAGGUGAAAAUUCACGGGACAUGUCCUGGUGAGCUAGAGGAUGUCGGUACACAAUUGGAGGAAUCAACUGGUUCAGUUGUGACGAAAGACAUAAUCGAGACCCACAUCGAUGGAAUACCGUAAAAAAAGAAGAAAUACCAAGAAUGAAUGGGCGUGACAGCUGAGGAAGAACCAGGGUCUAAGAAGGUUCUGGGGUAAGGUGUCCGGUGUCCUUGCAUUUAACUUUAAAGCUAUGCAUGUUUUGGAUACUAUGGAAUUUUUGUAGCAAAGUCCAAAUUUGAAUUGAAAAAGAACUAAGACAAAAGGAAAAGAAAUUUAAAGUGGAUACGUGCGGUAUGAUAUCGAGGACAAAAACUCGAAUUGUUUGACAAAAUUAGGAUGAAAAGUUGAUGAGCUCAGUAGCACAGAGAGGUGCUUGCAAUAUGAUGAUGCUUUUGUACUUGUA